CUAAUCUCUUGUUUAAACUGCAGAUGUAUUAGCAUGUAUCAUUGAGAAGCUUUAAGACAUAGAUGUGAGAGUUGUUGUUCAGCAAGAAGCUCGAGAAAAGCUUUGAGUUCGGUGUCGUACUUUUUGCAGAAGUUGGAACUUCUGGACAUUUCUGUUCAGCACUAGUUUAUGUGCAUGUGAUCUGUUUUAUUGUUUUUUACUUAAACUGGACAGUUGUGGAUUUGUGUGAGUGAGUAUAUGUUUUUAUCAUUUAGCCAUUUAAAGAAUUCUUAAUCUAUUGGUGGCGGAAUUUUAGUUGUAGUAGUUUUAGUUAAACAAUAUAUUGGUUUAUUACAUUUAUUUAAUGUUUUGGUCUAUAGGUUUGUUUUUGUUUGUAGUCCUGCAUUUUUUUAAGGCGUUUUUCUUUGUCUGCGUAAUAGCUUUGUCUGCGUAAUAGGUAGUGUGUGUCUGAGUCUGUGUGAGUGUUUGUCUGCCAUGCCCUUGCCUGCUCCUGAUGUCCCGGCCUCUCAGAGGCUGGUACUGGACUGUCGCGUCCUUAUGGACCAUCGUGUUGGCAAGGGGGUUUGCGGUUGUUGCGGGGCACUCAGGCCUCGAUACAAGAGGCUGGUAGACAACAUCUUCCCAGAAGACCCAGAGGAUGGGUUGGUGAAAGCCAACAUGGAGAAGCUGACAUUCUAUGCCCUGUCGGCUCCAGAGAAGCUUGACCGUAUCGGCGCAUACCUGUCUGAGAGACUGUCAAGGGAUGUGGCCCGACACCGAUAUGGGUAUGUGUGCAUAGCCAUGGAAGCCCUGGACCAGCUGCUGAUGGCCUGUCACUGUCAAAGCAUCAACCUGUUUGUUGAGAGCUUUCUGAAGAUGGUGCGCAAGCUGCUGGAGUCCGACAAACCCAACCUGCAGAUUCUAGGAACCAACUCUUUUGUGAAGUUUGCGAACAUAGAGGAAGAUACACCAUCGUACCACCGCAGUUACGACUUCUUUGUGUCGCGCUUCAGUGAGAUGUGCCACUCCAGCUACGAGGACCCUGACAUCCGCACAAAGAUUCGCAUGGCAGGUAUCAAGGGCCUGCAGGGCGUGGUGAGGAAAACCGUCAACGAUGAGCUCCAGGCCAACAUUUGGGAUCCUCAGCACAUGGACAAAAUUGUGCCCUCUCUGCUGUUUAACCUGCAGAGUGGAGAGCAUUCGGAGAGCCGCUCCCCUUCUCCGCUGCAGGCGUCGGAGAAGGAGAAGGAAAGCCCGGUGGAGCUGACAGAGCGCUGCUUCAGGGAGCUGCUGGGACGAGCCGCCUAUGGCAACAUAAAGAAUGCCGUCACACCCGUCCUGAUGCACUUAGAUAACCACGCUCUAUGGGAGGGAAAGACCUUUGCAGUGUGUUGCUUCAAAAUCAUCAUGUACUCCAUUCAGUCUCAGCACUCUCACUUAGUAAUCCAGCAGCUUCUAGGCCACCUGGAUGCUAACAGCAAGAAUUCAGCCAAAGUGCGGGCUGGGAUAGUCGAAGUGUUGUUGGAAGCAGCUGCCAUUGCAGCCAGCGGCUCUGUGGGCCCCACAGUGUUGGAGGUGUUUAACACGCUGCUGCGACAGCUUCGUCUGAGUGUGGACUAUGAGUUGACUGGCUCAUAUGAUGGCAGCACCAACAUUGGCACCAAGAUCAUCAAAGCUCAUGAGGAGAGGCAGCUCCAAGAAGCUGUCAUCAGGACCAUUGGUUCCUUUGCCAACACUCUGCCGACAUACCAAAGGUCAGAGGUCAUGCUAUUCAUUAUGGGCAAGAUCCCCGUCCCCGGGAUUCACCUAACUCUGCCUUCGACAGGCUCAGAGCCUGAGGGUACCAGAAUGAUUCAGAUUAUGUUACUCAAGUCCUUAGUGCAGGUGACAGCGGGUUUCCAGACAACAAACAUGCUGACGGCACUGCCCAGCUCUUUCCUGGAGCCACUGUUGUCUUUCUCUCUGACUGAGGAUCCAGAGGUUCGGCUGCUGGUGCUUCAAAUCCUUCUUAGUCUUAUCGACAGACAUGAAAACAGGCCCAAGUUCUCCAACAUUAGCAUUAUCUCUGACAUCUCUGUGCUCAAGCUCAAAGUUGACAAGUGUUCCAGACAGGACAACUUAUUCAUGAAAAAGCAUGGCCAGCAGCUAUACCGACAUAUUUAUAUGGGCUGCAAGGAACCGAGCAGCGGUCGAGAGCACUAUGAGACGCUCUUCGCUCUCUUGGGUCUUCUCAGCGUGGAGCUGGCUAACGAAGAGGUGGUGGUGGACCUCAUUCGCCUGGCACUCGCCCUGCAGGACCUGGCUCUGUCCACCGAUGAAGGGCUUCCUGUUUAUAACCGCUGUGCUGUUCAUGCCCUCGCCGCCGCCUACCUCAACCUCAUCUGCCAGCUCACCACCGUCCCGGCCUUCUGCCAACACAUACAUGAGGUAAUUGAGGUGAGACAGAAAGAAAGUCCCUACCUUCUGCCUGAGGAUGUUUUCAUUGAUAUUCCCAGACUGCCUUCCUCACUGGAGAAGAUGGAGGGGGAUGUGUUGUUCCUCCAGUCAAAGAUCACAGAGGUCCUUGGAGGUAGUGGCUAUAAUACUGAAAGACUGGGUACGCCCUACGUCCCUCAGUACACAGAUGAGGACCGUCUGUCCAAGAGGAAGAGCAUAGGUGAGACUAUCUCACUUCAGGUGGAGGUGGAGUCCAGAAACAGUCCAGAGAAAGAGGAGAGGACUCCAGCAGAGGAAAUCACCUUUGAAACCCUGAAGAAUGCCAUUGUGGACAGUGUGGGCAUGGAGGAGCAGGAGCGGGAGCGGAGGAGACAAGUGGUGGUGAAGUUCCAGAAGGCCCCCUUUGAGGAAAUAGCCGCCCACUGUGGUGCCAGGGCUACACUACUGCAGAGCAAACUGAACCAGAUCUUUGAGAUUACAAUCAGACCCCCGCCCAGCCCAUCUGGGACCAUCUCGUCAGGGUACGGUCAAAGCCAGAGUCGAUCUGUGCCCAUCUACGAGAUGAAGUUCCCGGACCUCUGCGUGUAUUAAAACCAGGAGGUCGGUGGAUGAACACUAGCUUGAAGCCAACUAAAGAACAAGCCACUUUUUGAAUAUUGUAGUUGCUUAAAAUGCCAAGUCAUUUAACAUGUGAUUGCAGCCAAAACAGUGUGGUUCAUGUCAGUCCAUCCACUAAUUUAGCUCAAGACACCUUUCUCCCUUAGUUAUUAGUGGAUAAAUGCAGAACGUCUGCUAGUUUUGCUACGAACUGUGACAAAUGUAGACUGAAAGCUAAUUUAUUGGUUUGAGCACAGCCAGACCUGUUGCCCACUAACUAGAAACUAACUCCUAACUCUCCUAUUGUUAUUUUGAUCCUGGUCAUGAAGUGAGAUUUGACCAGCUGUGCUUACUUUUUUCUUUAUGUUGCGUUUUUACGACCGCAUUUUAACUUGACUGCAAUUUUUAGACUCGAAGAAGAAUAGAAACGAAUAUGAAGUCAUUCCAUCAGCUUGAUGUUGUUGUUUUGCCUUUUUAGUGUUAGCCAAAAGUGCUUUUUAUUUAUGACGGGCAUUUAUUUAUUGCACUUAGUUAUUUUUUUGUAUUAUUGAGUUUUUAGCAGUGGUUUAAAUGAAAGUUGGCUGUUGAUCUGUGUGCUGUCCUCCAAAGUGAGUGUGCCUUACAGGUGACUCAACUUACCACAGAAACACACAGCGACUCAGUCAUGACUGCAGCAGGUCCCUGAACAUCUGGUCAUUAGAAACGAAUCAAUGACGCUUUAUUUUUCUCUCUCCCAUAUAAACGUGUACAUACAGAGAAUUAUAUAAAACUUUAAGCUGAUGUACAGAGUAGAGGUGUUUUGUGUGCGUGUGUAUAUAUAAAUAUUGUAUAUUGAUUCUGAUUUCCGACUGCCACUGCACUGAUUGUGUCGAUAGAUACGAGAGAACUACUCGGUUGAUAGGAAGAGUUUUUUUUGUUAAAAUCUCUAAGUAACCAGCAACACAUGAAAUCAAAAUGUGAACGGACUGCUCACAUGUUGAUUUCAGCAGUUCACAGUAGAAAGCCCGCAUCCCGUUAAAGCCAGUAGAUCGAGUUUUAAUAGUUCAUCUGGUAGAAGUGAUGAGACUCAGCCACAGGUUUUCGUACCGUCACCCUGACCUCUGUUGUUGCCAUUACCUUGAACUCAUUGCACCUCACGGUGCGUCCGUCUCCUCUAGUGAGAUGGGAAUAAUUCCAAAAGCCAUUUCUUUGCAGUUAGAAUAACAUAAGGUAUAAUGGCAAUAAUGUGGCAGUGGCCCAGCUGUGGGCGGAGGAUGGCUCAGUGUCUGAGGUCGCACCCCCUGCUGUGCUCUCACGCUGUGAUGUCAUCGUCAGACGUGGCAUCCGUUGCAGCCGUCUCACAAACACCCGUUUAACUCGCGUCAGGUCCGGUUCAUUCGUUUUGUUUUCACAGUGUCGUCUCGCGCGUCCGAUCAGCUGUUCGUGUUGACCGUUUUCGCCAGCCUGCGUGUGCUGAUGUGCGUCUGAUUAUCUUCCGUUGUCGUUGUCAUUACAAGACCAAACGCUCCACAUACAGUUCGUCCAGUGAGUCUGUCCGUCGCGUUAACGCAGAACAAAGAGCAACGUGGUCUGUCUGAACCUUCCUGUGACGCCCUGUAAACUUGUUUUGAGCAUCUCGCAGCCUUGCAGUGAAGACCUGUAACUAUCAGUCUGCUUGUCGUCAUGGCAUAGUGUAACGUACAAUGAACCGACGGUAAUCCAAUUUACUUUGUGUUAUUACACGUCUAGUUAUUAGAUCUGUUUGCGACGUAGUGCUGUAGGUGAACUCUAUCCAUUCUGUGAACUUUGCACUUUAAAACGGGAUUACCUAGUGACGAGGCAGCUUUUACAUUGAGGAAAUGCCUUAUGAGUGUCAUAACCGACUUUGCAUGCUAGUGAUGUCGCUGUGUUGUACAAUAAAUUCCAGUGUAACUAUAAAA